UCCUACAGCUUUCAUGUUUGUAUGACAGACGGGAGUUCUAUCAGUGCAGCUGUAAGAAUGGCAGGUCGAAGUUCCACUUUCGAUUCAACCUCUGUGGGAGCCAAGCCAGCAUCUUGCUUCCAUCAGCGCCCAGCUGGGGGGGGGAGCAGAGCUAUUCCAGCUCCAGACUGACAGGUGGGAGGGUGUCUGAAGUGGACCCCCUCCCUUAGUAGGUGAUCAGUAGGGAAGGACUGUGGCAGCACGUCUGCCUUGCAAGCAGAAGGGCCCACAUUCAGUCCCCGAUGGCAUCUCCAGGGAGCCUGGCCACCUUUGUUCUGGCAAAAUAUGGGUCGGGGUGAUUUUAUUUUAUUUUAAUCUGAUUGUGAUGUGACUUCAAAGCAAUCUAUUACACUCUAUUCCAGCCUAACAGGAUGGCCCCUCUGGAAUUUGUCACAAGCACAUGCAGAUACACAUGAAUUUGUAAAUUUCUCUGUGCUUGGCCACCCAAAGCUCAAAUACAUGACCUGUCUCACACCCUUUCAAACACAUGCAUUUGGAGAGGAUCCCUAACUUGACAGAGAGAAAGAGAGAAGACCUGAAAUACAGGACAAAAAACCUGUCUGCGACAGGCCAGGGCAAUCCAUUUGAGUUCUAAUCUUGGGGGGCACGUCUUCUGCUCAAGAUGAGUCGACUGUAUGAUAGCAUAGAGCCCAAUGUAAUCGAUGACGAGAUGCUGCAGAAGGCCGUCGAGGAGCAAGGACCUCAAGAGGAAGCAGGCCUCCUGGCCAAAAAAGAAGGCAUCAAUUUCAAAGAUGUCUUGGCGCUGCAGCUUGAUUUUAGAAAUAUCCUGAAGAUUGACAACCUCUGGCAGUUCAAGAACCUGACAAAAUUGCAGUUGGACAACAACAUCAUUGAGAAGAUUGAGGCACUGGAUACUCUGGUUCAUCUGGUCUGGCUGGAUUUGUCCUUCAACAAUAUUGAAGUCAUUGAAGGCUUAGAUGCGCUCGUUAAAUUGCAAGAUCUUAGUCUGUACAACAACAGGAUUUCUAAGAUCGAGAAUCUGGACACGCUCCAAGAACUUCAAGUCUUCUCUAUAGGAAAUAAUAACAUACAAACUCUGGAAAAUGUGAUCUAUCUCAGGAAGUUCCAAAACCUGCGCACGUUGAACCUCACCGGGAACCCAGUGUGUGAAAACGAAGUAUAUUCCGCAUUCAUUGCCGCUUAUCUCCCCGACCUUGUGUACCUGGAUUUUAGACUGGUAGAUGACAACUCGCGAGAGAUGGCCCUGAUAAAAUACCAGUAUGCCAUCGAGGAGAUGAGACAUGGGGAAACUCUGGCCAUGGCCAAGCAGCAGGUUCUGGAUGCCCAACAGAAACAGGUGGAAUAUCACAAGGUGAUAGAUACGAUUCAGAACCUCAGCGACAACCAAGUUAUAGAGAUCAAACUGGCUGAAUACAACUAUGAAAUCACAAAGCUCUCAGACAUGCUGAUGACUGAGGAGAUGCUGCUGGUUGAUCAGCUGGAGGAAGUGAUAAAGGAUUUCGAAAGGAACAUCGCUGACCUGGUGUCGAACUUUAUAGAAAACGAACAAGGAAUGAUGGCUCAGUGCCGGGAUCUAGAGAACCAGCACCAUGAGAAGCUCCUGGAGAUAUCCGUCAACACACUGGAGAAAAUAGUGAAGAGCGAGUUUGAUGAGGAGAUGCCAGAUGACGUUCGUAUGCUUUUUGUGGACAAAGACACCAUUGUCAAUGCCGUCAAUGCCUCUCACGACAUUCACCUCCUGAAGAUUGACAACCGAGAAGACGAAAUUAUCACUAAAGCCAAUGGCUGGGCUUCCACACUGGUUGAGAAGGUUCACAAGACUGAAAUUCAAAGAAACCGAAGUCGUGUGUUGGAAAUUAACCAAUACGUUGACCAUCUACGCAGUGAGCUGGACAACAUGGACAUUCUGGAGACAUAGCUGGCUUUCGACACUGAACUGCCCCUGCCCCCCAUUUGGGGAUCUGUGACUUUCUGCUUGGGAAGUGAAUCCGCCCGGAGGUCUCCUACCUACUGAAAAGACACCCUAAAAAUAUUCCUUCCCUACUGGAAGGAAUCCUCUGCCCCUCCAACAUUUGACGAUCAAAAUGAGUAGACUAAAGCAGACAGUGAGGCAUUUAAAAACAAAAGGAGUUGACUUAAAUUGGUGCCUUGUAGUUAUAAAGCAAUUAUACAGGAAUUG